AUGGAGUUGGUAGACAAUGAUGUGGACACGGACCUUAAUUUUUAUCGGGAGCGCGUUUGGUCGUUACCUUUCGUUUUAUUAAUAAAACCCCUGGCUUAUUCAUUUCCUCUACUAUUUUCUAACAAGUGCAAGUGUUACAGUGCGAGUUUUACGUACACGGAGAAAUUCACCUUGAAACAAUGUUCGUCUGACUUUGAGUACCAUGUAAUCCAGUCUAAGAAAGACCUCGACUCUGAGGAUGAAUCUGGAUCAUUAAAGACUCAGAAGAAAACAACCAAAAGGAAAAACGCUUCUCAGAUCCCGAAACGUGACGCGGGCUGGUCGCUGGACAGAAACGUCGUCGAAGAAUGUGCUAGUAAAAGCAAGAAGAUCAAACCAAAGAAAACUGUGAAAAAGCACGCAUCGUCCGUGUUAAUAACUGAUACGUUGCAGGACAGUGACACUGACCUUGAUGAAGAAGACAAAACUAAAAGUACGACAACCAAGUCGAAGAAAGAGACACCUGAUUGUAAGCCAGGCUGGUUUUCAAACUGGGGUGACGAAGGACAUGUUGAAGCCCAGCGUCGAGCAUCCGCUGCCAACUCUCUGUCGUCCGUGCUGAUACGUCGCGUCCCAGGCGGCUACGUGCGUCGCACAGCUUCGUUAACCGGUGAUCUUUUUAUUGAUCUUAAACUGUAUAACGUAGUAGAUAUUCAAAACGUUCCAUCUGAAGCCCGUUGGGAGAAAGCGCUGGUUAAUUUUAAAUAUCGUGUGGAUUCCGUUUCGGAUAUAGUAGAUGGAAUAAAUAAGAUUCUAAAGCGUUGUAAGGACGACUUUACAGAUGAAGGAACCUUUUUCCCAGAUAAAAAAAGCCAAUAAUCUUUAAUCUUUUUUACGUCUAAUUUAGUCUAUUCCUAUGUCAAUAGGCAAAAUGCCUCAUAAUAGCUCCAUAUUUUGUUCAGUGUGUGACAUAAGUAUUCCAAGUAAAGCCUUUUCUGCUCACUUGCGCACUAACUUGCAUAAAAAUAAUAACUCUGUUCAAUUAACUCCUGAUAUUGAAAAAAUAAGCAGCGCUUUCCGUAGUAGAAUAGCAUCAUACAGAGUGCGUGGACCAGAGAGUAGCCUCCAUGACUCACCGGUAAAGUUUCUGUGCGCUCUUCGUAGACAUAUUAAACAUAUUCUCGAAGCGAGAAGGCUUGCU